ACAGUACUAUAUAUUGUUGGUUGUUUAUUUACGUUUAGUAUGUAAUUAUUAUUAUUAUUAUUAUUAUUAUUAUAAGGCAAUUUAUGCUUUUUUAUAAGAUACUACAUUAAAAGAAAAAAAAACAUCAAAAACCUUAUGAAAUUGAUAAUAAACUUGUAAAUUAAUGUUUUUAGAUUUUCAUCAAUGUUUGAAAUGAAUGAAUUAAUUGAACCACGCAUUAAAGACAUUGAAACAUCAGUUAUAUCUGAUGAAGAACGCGAAUUAUCCCAACAUGCGUUGUCAGGUUUUCAAAAAGGUUCUUAUGUAUCAUGCUUGAUGUAUUUAAACAAAUUAGAAAUUUUAAGACCAAAGGAUUUGAAAGUCAUUCAUAAUAAAAUAGUAGCUGAAUAUUUUAAGAGUAAUUUGAAACAAACUGAAAUCUUUAAAAAAAAUCUAAAUACAAUAUGUGGUCAACUAUGGGGUGUAGAUUCAAUGGAUACUGUCGAUGAUGUUGAAAAAUGCGUUAUGAGGUAUAAUCAAGCAAUUUUAUUGUACCAUACAAGGCAAUAUAAAGCUGCACUUCAAUUAAUGAUUAGAUUAUUUUCAUUAAUUGAGCCAUUAGUUUCAGAAGAAAGUCUAGCGCAGAAAGUGUGUUUACUUCUGAUUGAAUUAUAUAUUGCAACAGGACAACCAGAUGCUGCUUUAACUUUAGUUAAUUAUAUUGAAAGACAAUUUACAGUUUCCGAUUUAUCAAAAGUUACUUUAACAGAUAAAGAGGAAUUUGUGAAAACUUCAAGGGAAUUGAAGGAGACAAAAAAAGAUAGUUCUGAAAUUGCAAUCGAUGCUUUUCGAAUAAAAUUAAUGAAAUGUAAAAUAAGAAUAUAUCUUAUUACAAAUCAGUUGAAAUUGUGUAAAAAGGAAUGGAAAAAUUUUGGAAAUAUGGGAACAACUAUGAAUGUUUGCAGUAUUUUUUUGGCUGCUAAUUUAGAAUAUCUAAGAGGAAAAUGUGCCAAAGCAAUGAUGCUUUUAAACGCAUUAACGCCAGAACAACGACAGUUCAAGGAUUAUGGAGAAUCAGCUGCUGUUUUAUAUUACAACAAUAUGGCUUGUAUACAUUAUUCAUUGGAUAAACCAAAUUUAGCUUGUUUUUAUUUAUACAAAGCAUUAGAAGAAAAUGAGAAAGCUGUAAAAAAUUUACAAAUUGAUGAUAAAGAACCUUUAUCAUCUCCACCUCUUUACACACUGGGAGUGAACAAAUAUUCUGAAUUACAAUAUAACUUAGGAAUAUGUUAUCUAAUUUCUGGAAAUUGUAUGAAGGCAUUUGAUUGUUUUAUUAAGGCUGUAUCUAAAUUACAAAAUAGUCCUAAACUAUGGUUGAGGUUGGCUGAAUGUUGUAUAUUUAAUCAUAAUCCUACAAAUGGAUCAAACUUUAAUAUUAUGAAACGUCGUCAAGAUUUAGUUCAAAAAGUAGUAAUCUCAGGAGCCUAUAAGAAAAUUGUUUUAACAUCAUCAUUAUCCAAUUAUACCAAUUAUCAUAGUAAAAGUUUAUCUUACGGAAUACCUCAACCUUCUUUAGAAUUUGGAAUGUUAUGUUUGAAAAAUGCCUUGCAUCUAUUACCAAUUGACAUGGAAACGCUUCCUGCUAAUGUAACAGGUCAGCACAAUUUGCAAUCUUCAAAUACAACAAUAAUUGAAACUUUAAAUUUAAAAAUAAGUAUUUUGGCUGCCAGUUCUUAUACUGCAUUGUGCCUUGGAGAUUUUACAACAGCUUUAAAACAUGCUAAAAAUCUUUUAGCAAUUAACAAUCUACCAGGUGCAUACAUGAUGUUAGGAAAAUUAUAUGCUGCAGAAAGUCUUAUUCUUUUAGAUCGAAUCAAUGAAGCUAUUGAUUAUUUAAAACCAGACACACUGUUGGAUCUUGACAUAUCUGUUACAUCUGCUGACUCUUUGGACGCUGAUAAAGAGAAAGCAGAAGAAAUUGACAGAAAAGCAAACAAAUCUUGGUAUCCAACUAAUUUACUUACUGGAAAAACUGUACUACUUUAUAACAUGGCUGUGGCGUAUGCAAUUCGUGGACAACUUGAUAAAUCAGCGGAUAUUAUAGGACAGUUAUGGAAAUCUAAAAAUACAGAAUAUGAAGUUCCAAUUCAUGUGAUUAUGUUGGCAUUGUACAUCGAACUACAUUUAGGUAGAACUGAUAAAUGGCGUUCAAUUAUUCGAAGAAAUUAUCCUCAAUAUUUUAUUUAAUUUAUUUUAUAAAUUUUAUGAUAUUAAAAAUAAAGCAAUAAUUUUUGUAA